CUAGCCUUAUGGUUACUUGAAGGUGCCCGAAAUCUCACAGCAUCUUCUCUUUCUCUACAACUUCUCUCUUCUCUCUACUUUUCAACUGAAAAUACUUUUUUAAUUCCUUACAUCGUACUCUAUUCAAAGCAUGAACUCUAUGAACGGUACACAAGUGAUCAAAUUUCUGUAUAGUUACGGCGGGAGAAUCUUCCCUCGGCGCUCCGACGGCAAGCUCCGUUAUAUCGGUGGUUUUACCAGAGUUCUCUCCGUUGAGAAGUCUAUUUCGUUUGCAGAGUUGAUGGUGAAAUUUGGAGAAUCGUGUGGAUCGUCUAUGAGUUUGAAGUGUAAGUUGCCGACCGAGGAUUUGGAUGUUUUAGUAUCAAUUACUUGUGAUGAAGAUCUGAUGAAUGUGAUUCAAGAGUACGAUCGAGUUUCUGCGUUGACGAAUCAGGAGAUGAAGAUUAGAGCUGUUCUAUAUCCUCUCAACUCGUCGAAAAAAAUCUCUCCUCCGCCAUCUCCAAUGUCGUGUUUUGACUUUCCGGCGUCGAGAAUGAAGCCGGAAAAGCUCAGAUGCUUCUAUUCACCUCCGUCGUAUGUGGUAGAAGCUAGGUGUUUCACUCCAGCUUUGGGAUAUCCAGUCGGCGGAAGGAAAGACGGUGGGAAGUUUUAUUACCCUUGCUGUGACCAUGGAAGCCCUAGGCAUCUUUACUAUGCUGCUCAAUGAAACCAUAGCCAAUAGAAAUUAAGUUAAGAUAAUAAAAAGGAGAAUUAAGUUAUUUCACGCCGUAUAUGAGUAAAUUGCGCACAUAGACAAAGUGAAAGUGAGUUCCCCUCCUCACAAAAAAACAAAAUGAAGGUGACAUUAUAUACAAUGACAAAUGCCUUGGGUUCAUUGAAUUGGAUUGUACAUUAUUUGAGACUGCAGUUCAAUUCAAUCGUGAGGUUAAUUUGACAUCUCUUGAGAUAUCAUCUAAUAGUAGAAUAAUUCAUAAGCCGUGCGGAUUUCCUGAGUUUGCCCAUUUUUGGACUUGUUAAUAGACACAGCCGGUAGGGUUCGCGUUCGCCGUCAUACGUUCGUUGGCGACUGGCGUGUUGCGUUAGGAUCUCUCUCUCUCUCUCUCUCUUUUUUUUUUUUUUUUAACUCGUUCAUUCGGCCCAAUCUUUUAGGCAUCAUUUGGGGCCUCAAUUGAUUCCAUUAGGGCCCAGGAAACUGGGACCAUUUUUUUGUGGACAUAUUCUGGAAGAGUGACUAUAGGCUUCACAUACUUCAGGGCUUUUUUAGGGUAAUUUUAGUUGGAGAGGUCCGUCUCCCCUGGUGUUUUAAAUGUUUUUCAUUGGUUUUUCCCUUAAUCUAUGGCUUUUAAUUCUUUCCUUAUUUAACACUUUUACUUUUGAGAUAUUUCAGGGGACCCAUUUGGCAUACUGAGCUGGCAAAAAGGAUUGGAGCAACUUGCGUGAUUUCGUCAAGGAAAUAAUGAUUCAAAUAAAACCUUAAUUUCUAGUUAAGAAGAAAUUAAUGUAUGAAAUAUAUACAUUAAACUGAGAAUAGAUAUUGAUAUUAUGAUUCCAAAAAGUACGUUAAAAUGAUAUUAUAAUUCAAAAUAUGUGUAUAAAUAUAGAGUAAACAAGUGAUGUGAUCAUAAUAAAAUACUAUACAAUAAAAAAUAAGAUGGAAAUGAGUGGUUGCUUGGACGACUCUAUGGCAUAAGAAAACUUUUUGGUUAAUGUUUCACACAA